UCUUCCGCCAACGUUUCGAGAGCCAUCUCUGCUCUCGUCCUCAGGGCAGCUGGGAAACGGAACUGGUCUUACGUAGCACGCUCGACGAUGGGAACUGGCUGUUGACGGCAGGUAGUAGCAUCGUGUUGCUGGUGGCCCGUCUGUUGCUUUGUUUCGCGCUGACCAAUAGGAACUGGCAGACGAGGUCAAGUGAUCGCUUGCACUGGCUCGGCCGUCCGGGCAGAAAGCAGUUUUGUGCCAGGAUACCAGGCGCGGCUCAGCGUGAAACCAUUAUCCCUAUUGAAGUUGUGGUAGUGCAGCUGAAGAAAUUACUUCUUACUUGGAGGAUUAGCUACCUUCUCAUCAAAAUGGCAGCUAGCGUGCCAAGUUUCUGGAACUGGCGUUCGCCUUCGUCAUGUGAAUUUUUAUCUAGCAGUGAAGAAGAAGAAUGUGGAGAAUCCGAUUAUUGCUAUGACGAAGAUGGGUAUGGUGAGGAGGAGUACGACGAAGAAGGGGAAUUCGUUGAAGAAGAGGAGAAGUACGACGAAGAAGGGGAAUUCGAUGAAGAAGAGGAGGAAUGCGACGAAGAAGGGGAAUUCGAUGAAGAAGAGGAGGAAUGUGAUGAAGAUGAAUACUUUGACGAACAGGAAGAAGAAUCAUAUCUAGUGUCAGAUGUUCUGGACUGCCACAAGCCUUCAACUUGGAGGUACAUGCCUCCUGAUAGAGAAGUGGAUCUUGUUCAGCUUCCCGCAAACAGUCCAGAAUAUUUGAAGGUAAAAAGUAAAGUUCAAUCCACCCUUCAAGUUCACAUAGACAGAGUAGUGAGAAUACAGAACCCUUAUAUCUGGGACUGCUACAUGUUGAUGAAAGGCGAAUAUGAAGCUCGUCUAGGUUCAGCUUGUAAGGAGAUGGAAUUGUUCCACGCAACGGCUCAAAGUAAUAUUCCGUCUGUUGCCCAAAAUAACCUGGACUGGAGGUGCACGAAGCGAACCAAAUUUGGCGGCGGGGUGAGUUUUUCUCCCCUGGCCAAUUAUGCCAACAAAUACUGCAAUGUUGAAGCUGGAACCGAACGAGCCCUAAUUCUUGCCAGGGUACUGGUGGGGAAGAGUCACGAAGGACGGUAUGGGCUUAAAAUACCUGCCGAAGGGUAUGACACGACAACAGGGAAUAGAAAACGUGUGUAUGUGAAAUAUCGGGAUAACGAAUUUUAUCCGGAAUAUGUGGCAUAUUACAGACAGUAACGUCCUUGGCAUUUCAAAGUACUGUAUCCUGUGACAGCUUCCUAAAAUAACUAUUCUAGUAUUAUAUCACGCAAGAGAAGUAAGUACAUAUCACUAUGACAUAACAUGUUUCGGCCGUUAUCAUCUUCAGGUGAGAAUUUAAAAAAGUGAAAAAUUGAGUGCAUAUUUUACAUGUAUGUAUAUUGUAAUAGGAGAAACCGUGAAGAAUAUAUAUAAUAAAAAUAAGGCAUAAUCCGCCACAUGGUUUGAAGUUAAA